AAACAUCUUGAAUUUCAAAUGCAAAUCAUUGUGCAUAGACGUUAUUCUAGAAGAGGAAACAAACUCUUUUUUGUAAGCUUCAGUCAUAAAGCCCAUUUAUAGUGAAAUGCAAUGCUGCCAAAUUACUAGACAAAUAAUGUUCAUUCCACAAUGCCCUUAUCAAAGCAAGAUAUAGGUAUAUGUUUUUUUUUGAAGACAAGAAGGUAUAGCAAUAUUCCUUCAAUAUAUAUAUAUAUAUAUAGAGCAGUGCAGAUCAAUUCGAUUUCCGGUCAAGAAGGCAACAAACACGAAACUCGUCGCGUUUUCUUUCUUUCUUUUUUUGGACACACAUACAACAAAAUGAAAUACACAUACACGGCCGCACUUAUGGGUGCUUCGUCACAACCUCCAAAGAAAACUGAAAGAAAAAAACCUGUAAAGCCUAAAGCGACCAAAGAAAAGCCAAAAAACCCUAUUCCUUCGCCACCUGUGAUCGGUGGCCCUCAGAUCAAUAGCCUCGAAACAGCAUCAACACUACCUCAGAUAACCAAUCCUAGUUUGCCAAAGAUAGCACCAGCACUAACCUCUUCUUUCACGCCAAUAACCGCUCCAUUACCUACGAAGUCUGUAUUGCCUACAAAAAUACCAGCACCUGUCAAAUUACCCAAAGAGCCAAAGAAAAGAACAAGGAAACCAAAGCCUGAGGCCCAAACUUCACAAAAAGCUAUCGAUGACUCAUCCCAGGCAACUCAAUAUACAGAACCUAAUCCAACUCCUGAAUCAACAAAAGAUAAGACUGAUCAAACAAUAGUAUCACCCAUUGAAAACAAACCAAAACAAGCUCCCAAGAAAAGAGGAAGAAAACCCAAAUCUGAAACGACACUAAAGGGUGCUGUAGGAACAACUAAAGAAGGCAGGAAAAGAGCAACAGAACCCAAUGAAGAAGGUGGUAGAAAGAAAUCUAAAUCAAAUCAAUCUUUACCUCUUACAACUGCUGUUUAUGAAUUGUCAGCUAUUAUUGAGGGCCAUACAGAAAUCAAUAUACCCGUACGUGGUAAAGAUGAAUUAGAAGAUGCAAAAGAUAUUUGGUGUUGUGAAUUUGAACCCAAGCAUGUAGAAGGUACAAGUGAUAUCAUUGCACUUGCUGGAUCCUAUAGUGUUUUGUUUAUGGAUGCACAGCAAGGUCGAUACAUCAAGAAAUACACACAUCCUGAAGACCAAGAGAUUUUUUACUGUAUGGCAUGGACAACAGUGCAAUUGGAAGGGGAAGUGGAUGCCAAUUGCAAUGUAUUGGCUGUUGCUGGUAGAUUGGGUUCCAUCAAACUGAUGAACCCAUUACAACAUGAAUGUUAUCGGUACUUGUUUGGGCAUCGCCAAGCAGUACUUAAGCUCGCAUUUGCCAAGUCAGAACCUCAAUGGCUAUUUAGUGCUUCUGCAGAUAAUACAGUUAGGUUAUGGGAUAUAGGCUCCCCUACAAGUAGAGUAGAUGACUCAAUGUGUUUGGCGAAAUUCAAUCUCCCUUCCAAGGCAGGCAUACCUUCUGCUCUGAGUAUAUCUUAUGAUUUAUCUACUUUAAUGGUUGGCUGUGAUAAUGGUGAUAUGGUGCGCUAUAGCAUUUCUGACAAGGAUAUUCAAAAAAUCCGAGAAAAAGCUACCAAAGGAAAAAACAAAGACUUAGAGAGCAAUGAGAAAUGGUUCAAUGCACUUUCCUUUCAGCCUAAUAUCAUGUAUCCUGAAGGUGAUGAAUGGCAUUCAGGCUAUGUGGAUGAUAUAUGUAUCCUUGGUCAAGAUGGGAAUAGUCAGAAUGGAUUGAAUGGUAAGAUAAUAUCUCGCGGUGCUAAUGAUUGGGAGAUCAUUCUUUGGGAUCCUGCAAAGAGUACCCAGAAAGAUGCUGAAGUUGAAAAGUCUUUUGACUGGCCCGAUUCUGCCGAAUGCACUGGGUUAAGGUUUAAAGUAAUUGAAAAAGAAGGUAAUAUAUUUAACCUUGUUUGAUCAACUAUUCAAUGGUGUGUUCUCUAUAGAUCAAAAGGUGUUGAUUGCAGGCGAAUAUGAAGGUCAAAUACGUAUCUAUAACAUCAGUGAUGGUAAAAAGAGCAAGACAUUAGAGGAUGGCAGUAAAGAACUUUUUCAGCCAGUCAAGAUACUGUCUCAUCCUAAA